CUCUCCCCGUCUCUGCCUUCCUAUCCGUCUUUAUCUUCAUCUUGUCUUGCCUUUCCUCCAAGGCAAGAAAAAUGAGGCGCGCCCGAAGAGAUUCCGGUGGCAAACGAGAGACGACAGAAAGAGGGUUGGUUGGAGUAGACAGAAAGUUGGUUUUACUGGAUGGGUUGGGAGAAGCGUGGUAAAGCAGGCAAAGAGACUGAUCGGAACAGAAGAGCAAGAAACACGCAACCGGACACAAUGGAGGAGCUUGGAAUUGUGCCACAGUCGGAACACCCCCACAACAAAAUCGACAAACUAACGGCAAAGGCCGCCAAUGGAUCGCUCAACAAGAACGCCAACAGCAAUGGCAACAAUAACAACGACGUCUACUUGAGGCUCAAAAAGCUCGAAAAGAACUUGGAGCUUAUUCUUUUACAGGAGGAGUACAUCAAGGAUGAACAACGCUAUCUCAAGAGAGAGCUGGUCAGGGCACAGGAAGAGGUAAAGAAGAUCCAGUCUGUCCCUCUAGUCAUUGGGCAGUUUCUUGAACCAAUUGACCAAACGACAGGUAUUGUGUCUUCCACUACAGGAUCUAACUACGUUGUCAGAAUACUAUCAACAUUAGACAGAGAGUUGUUGAAACCAGCGGCAUCCGUGGCAUUGCACCGCCAUUCAAACGCUUUGGUUGACAUAUUGCCUCCAGAGGCGGAUUCGUCUAUCUCCAUUGUUGGCGAGAAGGAGAAGCCAGACGUUACGUACAACGAUGUCGGUGGACUAGACAUGCAGAAGCAGGAGAUCAGAGAAGCUGUGGAGUUACCGUUGGUGCAAGCAGACUUAUAUAAGCAGAUUGGUAUCGAUCCCCCAAGAGGUGUCCUACUCUAUGGGCCUCCGGGUACAGGAAAGACUAUGUUGGUCAAGGCGGUUGCUAAUGGAUCAACAGCCUCUUUUAUCAGAAUCAACGGUUCCGAGUUUGUUCAAAAGUAUUUGGGAGAAGGUCCAAGGAUGGUGAGAGAUGUUUUCAGAUUGGCAAGAGAAAAUGCACCUUCUAUCAUUUUCAUCGAUGAAAUCGACGCUAUUGCAACAAAGAGAUUCGACGCACAGACAGGUGCUGACAGAGAAGUCCAGAGAAUUUUGAUUGAGCUAUUAACACAGAUGGAUGGUUUCGACCAGGCCACAAACGUGAAGGUCAUAAUGGCUACGAAUAGAGCGGACACUUUGGACCCUGCACUUCUCAGACCUGGUAGAUUGGAUAGAAAGAUUGAGUUCCCAUCCUUGAAGGAUAGGAGGGAAAGACGUAUGAUUUUCAGCACGGUGGCUUCGAAGAUGUCAUUGGCACCUGAAGCAGACUUGGACUCAUUGAUUAUGAGAAAUGAUCCUUUGAGUGGUGCAGUCAUUGCUGCGAUCAUGCAAGAUGCUGGUUUGAGAGCUGUCAGGAAGAACAGAUACAUGAUAAUACAGAGUGAUUUGGAAGAAGCUUAUACCGCACAAGUGAAGUCAGGUAGUGAAGUAGACAAGUUCGAUUUCUACAAAUGAUGUUGAUAUUAUUAUAUACUGGUCCCACCCGUUGUCGUGCCGGUAACUCUGUAGUUUUAAUAAUUUAAUAUCCCUUUAUAAUCAACAAAGAAAGUUAUACACAUAUACCUAUCUAUAUACAUCUGCCUACAUGAGAUUGUAGAUACCGAGACCCGGAGUAAACGUAUCUAUGCCGUGC